GAAGAGAGAGAAAGAGAAAGGGGAAGAGAGAGAGAGAGAGAGAGAGAGAGAUUCUUCGCUUCGGCGGGCAUGGCGCAAAAUUGAAAGCUUGAAUCAAGUGCUGCUGCUGCUUUCAGGGUUUUGGGCUCAAAAGAAACCAAGACGUUGUAUCAAACCGGAGAUGCAGUUGAGAUCCAGGGAUGGACAAAGAGGAGGAGGCUAAUAAUCUUCCACCCGAUAAACCUCCGAAGAGUCUAGCCCGCCCCAUCUUAAACCACGAAUCCUCUUCUUCUUCCUCCUCCUCUCCUGAGCUAAUACGCCAUCUCCAAGCCGCUUUCAAGCGCCACCGUCCCCUCAAUAAAAUGCAGACAACCACUAUCGGUCCUCGUCGAAGUGUUGUUGCUCCCCAACGACAACCUUCUAGGAGUUCUACAUCUGAUGUGCAGAGACCUCAGGAUGUUGUUUCCUUGAGUCACAGUCUUGCUGCCAAUACACUAUUGACACAUGAUUCAACAAACUUGGCCUCUUCUUCUGCUGCUGCUGGAGAAUCCACUGAGAAUAAUGCGUCUACUACGCCACCUUUAAUUUCAGGAACUGUUGAUAAUAUGUUUAACGACAAUUACAACCCGCAAGUUAGUCACAUGGAUCUGCCUAAACCUGCUUCUGCUAGCUUAAGGAAUAAUCUGGAUAUAGGGUCUCGGGACGAAAGUGUAAGCAGAAAGGUCCAGUCUCUCGUUACCGUCACAUCUAAUGAUAUGGAAUGGGAUGCUGCAACAAAUCAGGCUGAAGCAUCAAAGCAUCAGAAUCUCCAAUCUGUUGUUGAUUCCGAGAUCAGUUUGAAGUCUGGAUACAAGGUUUCAUCUUCCUUGGCAAAGAUGGGAGAGUUUCGCAACUUCUUGAAUCAACCUGCAUCCCAGUGCUCUGUCAUGGGGUCUUCAUGUGCCACAACUACGUCGAUUCAUUCCUCUUCAGCUCCUAUGUUAAAUGCGACAACUCAAGUCUCUCGUUCUUAUGUAGAUCCCCAUGCUGUUCCCGUUCCAAGUCAAGGGAACUUGGCUUCUUCUUCUCGUCCUUCUUUCAAGGACAGCAACGUCCUGCAAGCAAAUAAAGAUGGCCCUUUACCUGAGAUGCCAGCCUCGGCUGUUGUUUCAGAAGUAAGUUUCAAAGAGACAAAUAUAUCUAAGCAGCAACAAUGCACUACAGUAGUUGAAGCUCCAAUGGUAUCUUCAACUCAUGGGAGUGAUGCUACGGCUCGUGCACCCGAUGACUUGCUCACCAGUGUUAGCUCACAGCCGCAGAAACCAGAUAAGCAAGAAAAGGUUGCAACAAGCAAAGGGACAUCAGCGCCUCGUAAAAGAAACUAUGAUCCGGACUUGUUCUUCAAAGUCAAUGGGAAGCUCUAUCAGAGGCUUGGCAAGAUAGGAAGUGGAGGAAGCAGUGAGGUCCACAAGGUUAUUUCAUCAGAUUGUACCAUAUAUGCUCUCAAGAAAAUCAAGCUCAAGGGUCGUGACUAUGCUACAGCAUAUGGAUUUUGCCAGGAGAUUGGGUAUUUAAAGAAGCUGAAAGGGAAAACCAACAUCAUUCAGCUUAUAGACUACGAGGUUACAGAUAAGUCUUUACUCCAGGAGGUUUUGAAUGGUACGAUGAGUAACAAAGAUGCAAGAGUUAAAGAUGAUGGGUUUAUAUAUAUGGUACUAGAAUAUGGAGAAAUCGAUCUGGCUCACAUGCUCUCUCAAAAAUGGAAGGAAAUUGAAGGAUCAGACCGGACUAUUGAUGAAAAUUGGCUUCGGUUCUACUGGCAGCAAAUACUUCAAGCUGUGAACACUAUACACGAGGAACGCAUUGUGCAUUCUGAUUUGAAACCAGCAAACUUCCUUCUCGUCAGAGGCUUCUUGAAGCUUAUUGACUUUGGGAUCGCUAAGGCCAUUAAUAGCGACACUACAAACAUCCAACGAGAUUCACAGGUGGGGACUUUGAGUUACAUGUCACCAGAAGCAUUCAUGUGCAACGAGAGUGAUGAGAAUGGAAACGUUAUAAAAUGUGGAAGGCCAUCAGAUAUAUGGUCACUUGGUUGCAUACUGUACCAAAUGGUGUAUGGAAGAACACCUUUUGCAGAUUACAAGACCUUCUGGGCAAAGUUCAAAGUCAUAACCGAUCCAAACCAUGAGAUUACUUACAAUCAGCUCUCGAAUCCUUGGCUUGUUGACCUAAUGAAGAAGUGUCUAGCUUGGGACCGAAACCAAAGAUGGAGAAUCCCUGAGCUUCUCCAACAUCCUUUCCUCGCCCCGCCUAUCCCACCUGAGCCUCGAGUCAGCAGCAGCAUUCAACUGAUCAGUCACAUUGCUGAAAGUUUUGGUAGUGAUGACAGGGUUUCUGAACUUUGUGCCCAGCUUCAAGCUCGGUUACGAGUUCUUGGAGGAGAGUAAAAGGAAGCACUUGUUUUAUCACGGUUUUUAUUGGAUCUUGUAAAUUGAUAUGUUACUUUGAUAGCUUUAGAAAGAAGACUUAUUGUUUGUUAUUGAUGUCCUGCUUGAUUUCAUUUAUCAUUCUUGAGUGCUUCUCUUUUUCAUGUUUCAGCA